CUUAUCCACUUCUUUCCACAUUUCAUUCACGAUCACACGUUUUCUGUAUUUCCAACUAUUCUCAUCUAUAUUAUCUUUCUGCUGUUUUUAACUUGAUUUCUCAAAAAAAAAAAAAAAAAAAAAAAAAAAAAAAAAAAAGAAAGAAAAGAAGAAAAGCAAGUAUGGCAGUUGUAGAGAUGGUAGUUUCAGCAAUGUUUAAAGAAGUGUUGGAUAAACUGGUGUCCGAAGGAGUGAAGCAGUUCAUGAAGCUGCUCAACAAAGGAAAGAAUUCUAAAAAUAAAAUCAAUAUCGAAGAUUGGAAGAAUGAGCUGGAGAUGAUUGAAGCGGUGUUGAGCGAUGCUGAACGGAAGCAAUGUGAUGAGCAACACGGAGCUGCAAUCAGAUUAUGGCUGGAGAACCUUCAAGAUUUGGCUUUUGAUUUGGAGGAUCUUUUGGACGACUUUGCCCUUGAAGCCUUGAAAAUGAAUCAGGGUAAUAAUGGUGAUUUUGAUGCUCAUCAUUUCAAGAAGAAUGCUCGUGGAUGUCUUUCAACUUCCUUCCAUAAUAUGGUUGGCAGUGUUUUGGCGUGUGGAUGUAGUACUACCCGGCAAAUCGGAUACUCUGGUCCAGACUUUUCAUCAAGGAUUGCUGAGAUAAGUAAUGCCUUGAACAAGAUUCAAACCCGGGUUCCGACUUUGGGUCUCAUAUCCAACAACUUGAGGCUACCAACAUACGCAGUAGAGGUGCAGCAACGAAAGACGCCAGAGACCUCUUCUUUGAUAAGUGAGCCUCAUGUUUACGGGAGGAAUGGUAGGAAAAAAGAUAUCAUCUGUCAAUUGUUGGAAGAUAAACCAAGUUAUGAGAAUUAUGUCGUGAUCCCUAUCGUUGGAAUGGGAGGCAUUGGGAAGACUACUCUUGCUCAGUAUGUCUACAAUGAUAAGGAGGUGAAGACUCACUUUGCUCUUAAGGCAUGGGUGUGCAUAUCAGACGUGUUUGAUGCCAAACGCAUAACAAACGAUAUCAUCAACUCGGCCACCCAAGGCAAUUUUGAUUGUAGCAACCUGAAUCAAGCACAAGAAAAAUUGCAGCAAGUGCUAAAGGACAAUAAAUUCUUAAUUGUUCUUGAUGAUGUUUGGAGUGAGAAUUAUGAGGAGUGGAACCAGCUACAAAUACCUUUUCUUGGUGCACCACGAGGAAGCAGAGUCAUCGUCACAACCAGAAAGGAGGUCACUGCAAGGGUGAUGAAUAAUCUUUGUCCCAACACCAUCAUCCAUUUAGAACGUUUGUCUGGUGAGUAUUGUUGGAGUAUAUUUCAGCAGCAUGUUAAUACUAUGCAUUCAGACCUUGCUGAGAGGCGGGAUGAUAUUAUCCGCAAAUGCGAUGGAUUGCCUUUGGCUGCAAAAGCUCUUGGUGGUCUGCUACGAAAGACGGUGGAGAAGAGUCAGCGCCAAAGGAUAAUAGAUAGCAAUAUUUGGAGCAAGACGUGUGAAGUUUUGCCUGUUCUAUGGUUGAGUUAUCAUCAUCUGCCUUCUCUUCUGAAGUGUUUAUUUGCUUAUUGUUCCGUAUUUCCUAAAGAUUACCAAUUCAAGGAGAUGGAGAUUAUCCGACUGUGGAUGGCUCAGGGCUUCCUACCAGACAACACAACAAAUGAAAGAAUGGAAGAUAUAGGCCAUGAUUACUUCAAUGAUUUGGUAUCAAGGUCAUUAUUUGAAAAAAGUCCAUAUGGACAUGGAAUGUUCAUCAUGCAUGACCUCAUCCAUGAUGUGGCUCAAUUUGCUGCAGGUAACCUAUGCAACAUACUGGAUGGCACGGAUACACAAAUGGAUUUCAGAAGAACUCGCCAUUUGUUUAUCACCAAGCAUGUUCAAACCUUGGGAAAUCAAAUUAUGGCUUCUCAGUUGCGUACUUUACUAUGCAAAUAUGGUUUGAAAAUGGACUAUUCUGAUUUCUUCAACAAAAUCCGUUACAUACGCACUCUAUUUCUAUAUUCGGAUGAAAUUGAAGCUUUGCCAGAAUGUAUUGGUGAUUUAAAGCACUUGCGCUACCUUAGUCUCGAAUUUAGAAGAAUAAAAGAGUUGCCACUUUCAAUCAACGAUCUUUGGAAUCUCCAAACACUUUGCUUGAAAAGAUGUUUUGAUCUUGAGAAGGUUCCAUGUAUUGAAUCGCUUGGGAAACUUCGCCAUUUGUAUAUUAAUGAUUCCUUUUUAAAGGAGAUGCCGCUUGGAAUCGGGAAAUUAACAAACUUGCAGACUCUGGAAACAUUUGUGUUGGCAGGUGGAGGUGGGUCCAAGAUAAGGGAGUUGGGGAAGUUGAAUCAGCUCCGUGGAAGAUUAAUAAUCAAAUCCGGGCUAGAAAAUGUGACAGAGGUUGAGGACGCAGAGGAAGCCCAGUUGUGUAAGAAAGAGCAUCUAGAUGGGUUGAGUUUAGAAUGGGGAACUUGUAGUGAUGAGGUCGAUGACAAGACAAGGAGAGAUGUGCUUGAGAAGUUGCGGCCUCACACUUCCAUCAAAGAGUGUGAGUUGGAUGGGUACAUGGGCCUGACAUUCCCAAGUUGGUUGGGAGAUUCCUCUUUCAUUAAUAUGGUGGACAUACAGUUGAAAAAGUGUCACAAAUGCGAAUGGUUGCCUCCAUUGGGGAAUCUACCCUCAUUGAAGAGUCUUCUGAUUUAUGAUAUGAAUGGUAUUAAGGAGGUUGGUCUUGAAUUUUAUGGGAAUUGCUCAACUCUUACUUUUCCAUCUUUGAAGUCUCUAGGUGUUUGGAGUGUGAAAUCCUGGGAGAAAUGGGUGCACCCAGUAGUUGACAACAACAAGGCAUUCCCCAACCUUGAAGAGCUCUCUAUUAUUGAUUGUCCGUCAUUACAAGGUGAUCUACCUCCUCAUUUGCCUUCUAUUAGAAGGUUGGAAAUCUAUGGAGUCGAGCAGCUACAAUCCUUGGAAUUGAAGAAUUCGUCUUCCUCAACUUCUCAUCUUGAGAAAGUCAUUGUUAAAGAGUGCAAAUCUAUGGUCUCUAUUGGUCAAAUUCCCUUGACUCUAAAAUCGCUGAGUAUUGAUAAUUGCGAGAAACUAGGGUAUGUAGAAUUUGAUGAACAAUCUACGAAGUUGUCUCGUGGAAGUGACAAUGAGAAAGGCCUAAGGAGUGAAGAAAGCAUAGGAGUCUCCUCGAAGGCUGCAUUGGAACUUCCUCUUCUCACCGAAUUGAGUAUACAAAGAUGCCCAAGUCUAAUAUCAUUACAGCAAAGCCUGCUUCUCCCAGCUUUACAACGUCUUCGCUUAAAUGAAUGCGAAAAUAUGGAAAAGCUUCCUGGUGAAUUGCACAAUAUUACCUCCCUCCAGAGGUUAAUAAUUAAAAAUUGCCCUAAAAUCCAUAGCUUAGCAGAAGGUGGUUUACCCAGAAACCUGACAUCACUUAAAAUUGUAGAAGUGAACAUAAAGCAGGCUGUAUCAGAGUGGGAAUUGCAACUCCUUCAUUACCAUGACAUUCUUAUGCCAAAAAAUGUAGGCAGCUCCACAGACUCAGUAGAGUGUAUUCCGUACCAACACCUUUCUCUCCAUUCUUCCUUGUCUUGGUUAGCAAUCAAGAGUUUCCAAAAUUUUAAAACCAUAUCAUUCAAUGGCAACACCCUUCCAAACCUCACUAUUCUUUCUGUUGAUGAUUGCCCAGAAUUACACAACUUUCCCGAAGGAGGUUUACCCACAAACCUAACGGAUCUGGAAAUCAGAGGAACCAAGAUAGACAAACCAAUAAAAGAGUGGGGAUUGCACCUUCUUACUUCUCUUGAAUUUCUAAUACUUGAAAAUGUAGGCAGCUGUGUUGAUACACUAGAGUCCAUUAGCUAUCCUGACUUUCCCUCUUCCUUGUUUCGGUUAACUAUCAAGAGUUUUCAAAAUUUGAAAACAAUAUGUUGUUCCACUCUUCCCAGACUACGCUAUAUGGAUAUCAAUUCUUGCCCCAAAUUGGAAUCCUUUGGUGACAAUGGCCUUCCUCCACACAUUCGUGUCCAAAUUAAAGAGUGUGAUAUGAUAGAACAACAAUUGACAAGUGAUCCCGAUGGCCUUAUAGAAACAAAGAAUGGACGAUACUCGGUGCCUCUGUGUGGAAGUCUACCAAGCUCAGCCGAAACAACUUGUUGAUACAACACUCAACAAUCAAUGGAACUUCACUCAAACAACAGAUUAUAAACUGCAGGUACAUGACCUUCAAAUGCAACUGUUUGCUCAUAUUAUGGUGCUAAGAACUCAUGCAACUGAAAAGCCUAACAGUAGUAACAUCUACAAUUUUAAGUUAAUCAUCAGUCAUAGACUCGUAGCCAAUGACUAUAAUAGAAGAUAUACAUUAAGGAUGAAAAUUUCACAGCUGCACCAAACAAAGUAUUGUAUUAACCUAUUGCGGAGUAUCUGUAAGGGAAGGGCAAUGAAUUUGACUUCUACAUACUGCUAGUAGGUGAUUUAUAGUCAACGAGGUGACAAACAUCAUUGGUUCUACACUUCUAGAGCUGCAGAAAAUUUGUCCACGUUCAGACAUUUAUCCAAGGAUUAAUGUCAUUUCAUAGUUGCAAAGUGAUCAGAUCCCGGGCAGAGUGUUUUAGUUACGCUAUAGUACCAAGAAGCAUCAGAUAAGCAUAAAUUGGCAUUUCUCUGUUUGAGCUUGAUAGCAACUUUGUUUAGCCAAUAUACUUGAGACCACUCUAUAUGUUACAACUUCAAGGUUUGUUAUUGCUUUAAAUUGUUGGCAUUUUUCAUUUUUGAUUCAGAGACAAGUCAUCAAGAUGCGCCUUUUAUUACUAGAGAGACAUAAAUUGAGGAUUUGCUUUUCACUGUCAAUGUAUAUGCAUUUCAUCUGUUUUUGACUUUUCAUCUGGUUGUUGUUCAAUAGCAACCAGGAUUUCUGCUUUUGCU